UGACUGGUUGGAUCUCCUUGCAGUCCAAGGGACUCUCAAGAGUCUUCUCCAACACUAUAUCUGAUUUUUCUCUGUCUCUAGCUCCUGGCACAUCAUUUGUGUGAAAUAGUUUGGGUAUUGAUGCCACAGCCACCACGUGUGUUACCGUUGCCAUCAACAUGAUCAGCAUAGUUAGUAAACAGUGAUAAGGACUCUAAUUGUUACAGUGAUAGCAAAACCAUAAAUGAAAUUGUGAAGGCAUCUGAAUUUAUACUUUUGUUUACAUAGUGCCUUAAAGUUAAUGAAGCACUUUUGAAUGGUUCUUCGUUCAGUCAUCUUAGAGGUCAUGGAAGAAGUGACAUCAUGCUCCUUCAGCAGCCCUCUGUUCCAGCAGGAGAACAAGAGAGGGGUCACCUACCGGAUCCCAGCCCUGAUCUACGUGCCCCCUGCCCGCACCUUCCUGGCCUUUGCAGAGAAGCGCUCCUCGAGCAAGGAUGAGGAUGCUCUCCACCUGGUGCUGAGACGAGGGUUGAGGACUGGGCACUCAGUACAGGUGACUCCUUAUCCCAGAUCUGAGCCUGGGUCUCAUAUUCUGCAUUGCUCAGAGCAUGUCAGAGUCUGUGCCUUUUUCAUCAGUGCAGGAAAAGCCUUGUGUCCAAGCUGAGGAGGGGGAAAAAAAAGCAGUAAAAGCAAUGCUUUCCCUUAUUGAAUACUUACUGUUUACCAGGGGCACAUUGAAUCUCACAGCCACUCUGUGACAUAGAAACUUGUCAGUCACAUUUUACAGAUGAGGAAACUGAGGCUCAGAGUGAUUGCUAUUUGCUAAAGGUCAAACAGCUAUAAAAAAGCAGUAAAGCAAGCUUCAAACCCAGUCUCUGAAUAGAGGCCUCCAUGGUUUGUGUAUUCAGUUCAGCCAGCAUGUGGUGUGCUUUUCAUUCACAUUCUCUUUUAUUCUCAUAAGUCACUGAAAGCAGUAAGCAUUGUUAGUCCAGUUUUGCUGAUGAGGGAUCCUGGUGCUCCAACAGAUAGGUAGCUUGUUCAGGACCACAACUAGCAAAAGACGCAGUGGAAGGAAACAACAUCUAUAUUCUCCCCUGUCUUCCCUUUCCUCAUCUUCCUUCAUGCUUUAUGUGAGGUACAUAUUAUCCCCAUUUUAUAAGAAGUAAAGUGACUUGCCUUAGGCACACAGUUAAUAAAUAGAGAACUGGGGUUGGUGCCCUUGUCCCUAGGUAGCACAUUUUUACUGUAUUCUUAAUGGGGGAGAGAAUAGUUACUGCCCUUGGGCCUGUGAACUACAGGGUUAGUUUAGAACCCAUUUUUGCUAUUGUUGACUUAUCUCUCAGAGAUGGCUGAAGUGAGGAUCAAGUGAGACAGUGAAUUUGAAUAAAUACACACAUAAUCAUACAUACCUUUUUUUAUGAGGUAUUUUAAUCUGCUUAACCUGCCCUGCUUUUUCUACUCUCAGAAAUCUCACCUUUAAAACUUCAUGUCCUUAGGGAUGCUUUGCUUUGCUGUUUUAGUGCAAAUGCUGUUCUGCUGAAGGUGGGCCUUACAAGCAAGCCCUGGCUGCUUUUAAUGCUUUACUCACAUUUCCCCUUGGGGAAGUUUUUUACUUUAGGGAAUUUCCAUUCCCUGCUCUUACACCUUAUCAUGUGUCUUUCUUAUGGCCUCCCAGGGUUGAACCUCUGCUUAUAUCACUGGUGUCCUUCAGCCCAACUUGGAGUUCUAGCUCUUUUGUUUCCUCCGGGGCAGGAUGUGCCUGUGGUUAUGUUACUCUGCUUUUUGCCACAGACAGUUGGGCAGUUAAGUUUUUUUUAUCAGACCAUACCUGUUACAUAACCUCACUAUCCAGUAGUCACAUUCAGUCACAGAUGUGUCCACUUUAACUCAUUCUUUCUUGACUUUAUUUUAUUCACAUUCAUUCUCUUUUCACUUCAUUUUAUUCACAUUCAUUCUCUCAUUUACUUAAUUGUAGAAUCUUAAAAUUAGAAGAAGUAUCAGCCCAGCUUCUUUCCCAAUAUAGAAAUCUUCUGUAUUCCAUUGGUUGCUACUAGUAGCUUAGUGUUUAAGAGCAUGGCUUUGGAGUCAGGCAAGACCUAUCAUAUAUUGACUCUGACUGUGAAUACUUAACUCUUCUCUGUUUCAUUGUCUGUGAAAUAUAAUUAAUAAUAGCAGUUCCAUAGUAGGAACUCAACAUUAGUCAUCUUCUAUUAAGGAUCUACUUACACAGCUCCUCGAAUGAGAAAUUUAAUCCUGUGGCAACUGUUAACUUAUUUUUUGAAAUGAGAUCCUCUGUCAGUUCAGUUCAGUUCAGUCACUUAGUCGUGUCCGACUC